AUUGGAGGUUAAUGGACGUGAUUUAUCAGGGCAUCAGGGGUGUUCAGCGGAUCCACGUGAUUAAUCAGUAGCUUCCCAGCCUCUGGCAUCUCGCGCUAACCCUGGGUGAAUGAUGUAAGAUCAGACGUACUCUGCAUAGAAAAGUAAAGGCAGACUCUCAGUUCUCUCCAUCUGUACACCCCCCUCUCCUUCUCUUCUUCCUCCUCCUCUGGCACCUAACGCCUCCCUCCUGCCUAUCUCUCCUCAUUCUCUCCCUCUCUCUUACUGUCUUCUUCGCUCAUACGCCGAGCAAUCCAGCUGAAACCGGGAAAGGAGUGCUGGCUCAUUUAAGCAGACGAAUUUCAACUGACACCACGGCACGAGACUCGAGGCAGGGUCCGGACUUGCCUGAAAGAAGUGCAGCGGCAGGAGACUUCAUUCUGCAACAAUGUCCGAAUUUAUCCUCGCCUUUUUGACCAUAUCGGGAUUAUUUCCAAUCGCCAAAGUGCUCACGGCCGUCGGAGGAGAGCCAGAACCCCCUCUCUGCGAUGCGGGGGAAUUCCGUUGUCAUGACCGCCUGACUUGUGUCUCAUCGGAUUGGCUCUGUGACGGAGAGCUAGAUUGCCCCGACGGGUCGGACGAAAUGCUGGUCCGAUGUACAGGGGAGGUGCUGGCGGAAUGCCCCCUCAACCACCUGCAGUGCGUGGGGACGAGAAAGUGCAUUCACUUCCACAAGCUGUGCAACGGGGUGAAGGACUGCGAGGACGGCUACGACGAAGGGGUGCACUGCCGUGAGCUGCUGCCGGAGUGCCUGGAGCUGCGGUGCCAGUACGGCUGCAUCAUGACCCGGAACGGCACCUUCUGCUUCUGCGCCGACGGCUUCCAGGUGGAGAAGGACGGGCUGAGCUGCGCAGACUACGACGAGUGUGGCGUGUACGGGACCUGCAGCCAGACCUGCGCGAACACGUACGGGUCGUACAGGUGCAGCUGCGCGGACGGGUACGCCCUGCAUUCUGACUCACGGUCCUGCAAAGCCAAAAUCGGGCCGGGUGAGAGGCCUCCCGUCCUCAUCGUGGGGAACUCGGAGCACAUCGCCGUGGCCCACCUGAACGGAUCCGCCCCGCCCGGCCCGAAGCCCCUGGACUCGCCCGGGGUUCUCACUCUGGACUUCAGCUACAAGGAGGAGUCGGUCUGCUGGGUGGCGUCCGCCGGCCAGCUGUGGUGCGCCAAAAUGGAGAAGCUGAGGGCGUAUUCAGAGGUUCGGCAAAUCAGAACGGAGAGGAGCCUGCAGCAUGUGGAGCAGAUGGCCAUAGACUGGCUCACGGGAAACUUCUACUUUGUGGAUCGAAUCAAUGACCAAAUAUUUGUGUGCAAUCGCGGGGAAGACACGUGCGUUACAAUCAUCGAUCUCGACCUUCACAACCCAAAAGGGAUAGCUGUGGAUCCAUUGAUGGGUAAGCUUUUCUUCACGGACUUCGGGAGCGUGGGCAAAGUGGAGGGGUGCAAUAUGGACGGCACCAACCGAACCCGCGUCGUGGAUCACAAGACGGAGCAGCCCACGGCUCUGGCCCUGGACCUGGUGAAGAAGCUGGUGUACUGGGCGGACGUCUACCUGGACUACAUCGAGGUGGUGGAUUACAACGGGAAGAACAGGCACAGCGUUAUUCAGGGGAGUUCUGUGUCAUACCUCCGCGGAUUAACGGUCUUUGAAGAUUACUUGUUUGUGACACACGCCGAACCCACCAAAGGAUCCAAAGUGGACAUUUUACAGAUAAAUCGCUUUAACAGCACGGACCGGCAGACAAUUACCAGCAUGGGGAGUUCCAGAGAAAUACGCGUUUACCACAAACUGACCCAGCCAACAGUCCGGAGCCACGCCUGCGACGCCGACGCCUUCGGGAAGGCGGGAGGGUGCGCGCACAUCUGUCUGCUGAGCGGCAGCUACAAAUCCAGAGCCUGCCGCUGCCGGGCCGGGUUCAGCCUGGGGAGCGACGGGACAUCCUGCAAGAGACCGAAGAACGAGCUGUUCCUGUUCUACGGAAAAGGCAGACCCGGCAUCAUCCGAGGACUGGACAUGAAUAUUAAGUCCAGCGACGAGCACAUGGUGCAGAUUGAGGACCUGGUCAGCCCGCGCGCGCUGGAUUUCCACGCAGAAACAAGCUACAUAUACUUCGCCGACACUACCAGCUUUCUGAUUGGUCGACAGAAAAUUGACGGGAGUGGCCGGGAAACUAUACUCAAAGCUGACCUCGAUAAUGUGGAAGGCCUCUCGGUGGACUGGAUCGGGAAUAACCUGUACUGGACCAAUGACGGAUAUAGGAAGACGAUCAGCGUGGCCCGGCUAGAGAGGCCGGCCCAGACCAGGAAAACGCUUCUGGAGGGGGGCAUGUCGCACCCCCGAGCCAUUGUGGUGGAUCCUCUGAACGGCUGGAUGUACUGGACGGACUGGGAGGAGGACGAGGUGAAUGACAGCAUCGGGAGGAUCGAGAAGGCCUGGAUGGAUGGGUCCAACCGCCAGACCUUCGUCACCUCCAACAUGCUUUGGCCCAACGGGCUCACCCUGGACCACGGGACCAGCACCAUGUACUGGUGCGAUGCCUACUACGAUCACAUCGAGAAGAUCUUCCUCAACGGCACCAGCAGAACGGUGGUCUAUAACGGCAAGGAACUGAACCACCCCUUUGGCAUUUCGCACUACCGUAACAACAUCUACUGGACAGAUUACAUGAACGCCUCCAUCUUCCAGCUGGACCUGUCAUCGGGCGACGUCACACUGCUGAGGAGGGAGAGGCCGCCUCUCUUUGGGCUGCGGGUCUACGACGCUCAGAGCCAGCAAGGGGAUAACGCGUGCCGUAUUAACUACGGGGGCUGCAGCACCCUCUGCUUGGCCGUCCCGUCCGGACGGGUGUGCGCGUGCGCCGAUAACCAGCGCCUCAGGAGCAACAACGUCUCCUGCUCAGUCAGCGCGACGGAGGCGGAGCCCCAGGGGUGCAAGGGCGGCGAGUUUCGGUGCCGGAACCAGCACUGCAUCCAGCUGGCCUGGAGGUGCGACGGCGACGAUGACUGCUUGGACGGGAGCGACGAAGACCCCCAGAUCUGCCAUAACCGCAGUUGCCCGGGUAACCAGUUCAAAUGCCAGAACAACCGCUGCAUUCCUAAGAGAUGGCUGUGUGAUGGUACCAACGACUGCGGGAACAACGAGGACGAGUCCAACUCCACCUGUUCAGCUCAGACCUGCCAGCCCGGCCAGUUCUCCUGCCAGAACGGCCGCUGCAUCCCCGAAGCCUGGCGCUGUGACCGGGAGGAUGACUGCAGAGACCAAUCAGAUGAAACCUCUUUUUGUUCAUUCCCCACCUGUGAACCACUCACCCAGUUCAGCUGCUCCAAUGGGAAAUGCAUCAGCAUGAAGUGGCACUGUGACACAGAUGAUGACUGUGGCGACGGCAGCGAUGAGGUGGACUGUGUGCACUCCUGCUCCCACGCCCAGUUCCAGUGCUCCAGCGGGAGGUGCAUCCCGGACCACUGGGCCUGUGACGGCGACGACGACUGCGGGGACUUCAGCGACGAGAACACCACCUGCGCCGGAGCAGCGCUGCUCCCGGCGGGCGACUGCAGCGGGGAGGAGUUCCAUUGCCGCGGCGACGGCACGUGCAUCCCGGAGCGUUGGCGAUGCGACGGCGAUACCGACUGCGAGGACGGCAGCGACGAGGCGGACUGCCGCGGCUCCCGCAGGGCCUGCGACCCCAAGGCCAAGUUCACCUGCGCCGCCUCAGGGAAGUGCAUCAGCAGGAACUGGGUGUGCGAUGGUGACAGUGACUGCGAGGACCAAUCAGACGAACGGGACUGCAAGGCGUCGGUCUGCAAGCCCCCGAAAUACCCCUGUGCCAAUGACACCUCCACCUGCCUGACGCCGGAGAGGAUCUGCAAUGGGAGGAGGGACUGUGCGGAUGGCUCCGACGAGGGACCUUACUGUGGCGAGUGUUCGGCGGAUAACGGCGGGUGCAGUCACCAGUGUGCGGUGGCUCCCGGGAGGGGCGUGGCCUGCUCCUGCCCGGCGGGGCUCCACCUACUGGCCGACGGCAGGAACUGCGGGGCGGUGGACUACUGUGGCGGGCACCUGAGGUGCAGCCAGGUGUGCGAGCAGCACAAAGCCACCGUCAAAUGCUCCUGCUACGAGGGCUGGAGCCUGGACCUGGACGGGGAGAGCUGCCACAGCAAUGAUCCAUUUGAGGCUUUUAUCAUAUUUUCCAUUCGCCACGAGAUCCGGAGGAUCGAUCUUCACAGACGAGACUACAGUCUUCUCGUCCCUGGCCUGAGGAACACCAUCGCCUUAGACUUCCACUUCAUGCAAAGCCAGCUCUAUUGGACCGAUGUCGUUGAAGAUAAGAUCUACAGAGGAAAGCUUUCUGAAACCGGAGGUGUGACGGGGAUUGAAGUGGUGGUGCAGCAUGGCUUGGCUACGCCGGAGGGGCUGGCUGUGGACUGGAUAGCGGGGAACCUUUACUGGAUCGACAGCAAUCUGGAUCAGAUCGAGGUGGCCAAGCUGAACGGAGACAUGCGCACCACCCUGAUCGCCGGGGGCAUGGAACACCCACGAGCCAUCGCCCUGGAUCCCGGAUAUGGAAUUGUGUUUUGGACAGACUGGGACGCCACCUUCCCGCGGAUCGAAGCCGCCUCCAUGAGCGGGAGCGGGAGACAUGUUGUCUUCAGGGACAUGGACGUGGGGGCGUGGCCUAACGGACUCACAUUGGAUCACCUGGAAAAGAGGAUUGUGUGGACAGAUGCUCGGUCUGACGCCAUUUACUCGGCCUUGUACGACGGGACCGGGGUGAUGGAGAUCCUGAAGGGACACGAGUACCUCUCUCACCCCUUCGCCGUCUCCCUGUUCGAGGGCAGCAUUUACUGGACCGACUGGAGGACCAACACCCUGGCCAAGGCCAACAAGUGGACCGGGCAGAACGUGACGGUGAUCCAGAAGACCAGCGCCCAGCCGUUCGACCUGCAGAUCUACCACCCCAGCAGACAGCCUCAGGCUGCAAACCCUUGUGAAGCAAACGAGGGGAGGGGCCCGUGCUCACACCUGUGUCUGAUUAACUACAACCGAACGGCAACCUGCUCCUGCCCUUACCUGAUGAAGCUGAGCCCCAACAACAGGUCCUGCUCCACGCUGAAGAGGUUCCUCCUGUACGCUCGGCGUUCGGAAAUUCGCGGGGUGGAUAUCGACAACCCGUACCUCAACAUCAUAACGGCCCUGACCGUCCCGGAUAUCGACAACGUGUCGGUGGUGGAUUACGACGCGCUGGAGGAGAGGAUUUACUGGACCGACGUGAAGACCCAAACCAUAAAGCGGGGCUUCAUAAACGGGACCGCCAUGGAAACGGUCGUCUCUGGAGAUAUACUGAAUGUCCGUGGGCUGGCCAUAGACUGGCUGUCCCGGAACAUGUACUGGCUGAGCUCGGAGAGUGAUGAGACCCAGAUAAGCGUGGCCCGGCUGGACGGGUCUCUGAAAACCUCCAUCAUUCACGGCAUCGAUAAGCCCAAGUGUCUGGUCCUACACCCAGUCAAGGGGAAAAUAUACUGGACUGACGGCAACACGAUAAACACAGCCAACAUGGACGGAAGCAACAGCAAGAUUCUGCAGCAGAACCAGAGAGACCCCGUAGGUCUGUCGAUAGACUAUGCGGAAAACAAGCUGUACUGGAUAAGCUCUGGAAAUGGGACGAUCAACAGAUGCAGCCUGGACGGCAGCAGCCUGGAGGCCAUAGAGACCAUGAGGAGGAGUCUGACCCGAGCCACGGCUCUGGCAGUUAUGGGAGGGAAGCUGUGGUGGGCGGACGAGACUUUGGCCCAGCUGGGAACGGUCACCAAGAGAGACGGACUGAACCCAGUGGUGCUGCGCAACAAGACCAGCGGGGUGGUGCACAUGAAGGUCUACGACAGGGAGGCCCAAAAAGGGCGGAACCUGUGCCAGCUGAGCAACGGAGGCUGUGCCCAGCUGUGUCUCCCGACGUCGGAGAAGAGCCGCACCUGCGCCUGCACCGUGGGGUACCACCUGCACAGUGACCGCGCGUCCUGCGAAGGAAUUGGGACUUUCGUGAUGUAUUCCAUCCACGAGGGAAUUCGAGGGCUCUCCCUGGAUCCGAACGAUCCCGCGGAAGCCCUGAUGCCGAUCACCGGAACGCUGUUCGCUGUGGGAGUGGACUUCCAUGCAGCGAACGAUACGAUCUACUGGACGGACAUGGGCUUAAACAGGAUCUCGCGCAUUAAGCGGGACCAGACCUGGAAGGAAGACGUCGUGACCAACGGGAUCGGCAGGGUGGAGGGCAUCGCGGUCGACUGGAUGGCCGGUAAUCUCUACUGGACGGACCACAGCUUUAACCUGAUCGAGGUUUCCCGGCUCGAUGGUCAGUACCGUUCCGUGGUGAUCUCCCAGGGCCUGGACCAGCCUCGGGCAGUGGCGGUGCAUCCUGUGAGGGGGUACAUGUUCUGGACAGAGUGGGGCAUGAGCCCGUGCAUCGGCAGGGCUCUCUUGGACGGCUCGGAUCAAGUCCUGCUCGUUAACUCCGGAAUCGUUUGGCCGAACGGGAUAUCCGUGGACUACGAGGAAAAUAAAUUAUACUGGUGCGACGCGCGAACAGACAAGAUCGAGAGGAUCAACCUGGAGAGCGGGGAGAGCCGCGAGAUUGUGCUGUCGGCGAGCAGCGUGGACCUGUUCUCCGUGGCCGUCUUCGGGGCUUACAUCUACUGGUCUGACAGGGCUCACGCUAACGGCUCAAUCAGGAGGGGGGUGAAGAGCAACGCCACAGAGGCCGUGACCCUGCGGAGCGGCCUGGGGGUCAACCUGAAAGACGUGAAGAUCUUCAACAGGGGGCGGGAGAAAGGCUCGAACCCGUGCGCCCGGAGCAACGGCGGCUGCGAGCAGCUGUGCUUCUACCAGGGCCGGGGGCGGAGGGCCUGCGGGUGCGCCCACGGCUUCCUGUCCCAGGACGGGCUCCGCUGCCUGAGGCACGAGGGCUACCUGCUCUACUCCGAGAGGACCAUCCUGAAGACAGUGCACCUCUCCGACGAGGCCGACCUCAACUCGCCCGUCAGGCCCUACGAGAACCCCGCCCAGUUCAAGAACGUCAUCGCCCUGGCCUUCCACCACCGGCAGGGCUCCGCGGGAACCAACCGCAUCUUCUUCAGCGACGUCCACUUCGGCAACAUCCAGAUGAUUAACGAUGACUGGACGGGCCACCGGGUCAUCGCUGAACACGUGGGUUCGGUCGAGGGUCUGGCGUACCACCGGGCCUGGGACACUCUGUACUGGACCAGCUCCACCGGCUCCACCAUCACCCGGCACACCAUCGACCAGGCCCGGCGCGGAGCCUUCACCCGGGAGGCCGUGGUCGCCAUGUCCGAGGAGGACCGCCCCCACGUCCUCGCCCUGGACGAGUGCCAGAACUUGAUGUUCUGGACCAACUGGAACGAACAGAAGCCCAGUAUCGUGAGGUCCACACUGGCAGGAAGCAACAUGCAGAUAAUCGUUAGCACUGAAAUCCUUACGCCCAACGGACUCACCAUUGACCACAAAGCAGAGAAGCUCUACUUUUCCGACGGGAGUUUGGGGAAGAUUGAAAGAUGUGAAUAUGACGGAUCUCAAAGACACGUCAUUGUGAAGUCCGAGCCGGGGAGCUUUUUCGGACUGGCUGUUUACGGCCACUUGGUCUUCUGGUCAGACUGGGUGAGGAGGGCUGUGUUACGUGCCAACAAGUACACAGGCGGCGACAUAAAAGUGCUCCGAGCAGACAUCCCACACCAGCCAAUGGGGAUAGUGGCUGUCGCCAACGACACCAAUAACUGUGAGUUGUCGCCUUGCAGAACAAUGAACGGGGGGUGCGGUGACCUUUGCCUUUUGACCCCAAACGGCACGGUGAACUGCAGCUGCCGGGGAGAGCGCGUGCUAUUGGACGAUAACCGAUGCGUGUCCGAAAACUCAUCUUGUAACAUCCACAGUCAGUUUGAAUGCGCGAACGGCGAAUGCAUCGACUACCAGUUAACGUGUGAUGGGAUAACGCACUGCAAAGACAAGUCGGACGAGAAGAUACAAUAUUGCGAUAACAGGGACUGCCGGAAGGGCUACCGGCGCUGCAGCAACCAGCGCUGUGUGGCUAACACGCGCUUCUGCGAUGGCGUGGAGGACUGCGGGGACCACUCGGACGAGGCCUACUGCAACAACGUGACCUGUGGGGGCACUGAGGCUCGUUGUAGGGACGGCGCCUGCAUCCCCGCCCCGGCGUGGUGCAAUCAGCUGGUCGACUGCGCGGACGCCUCCGACGAAGCCAACUGCAAUUACACGGACUGCUGGGACUACUACAGGCUGGGGGUGAAAGAGAGCGGCUUCCUCAGCUGUAACUCCACCUCGCUGUGCGUCCACCCCAGCUGGAUCUGCGACGGGGCCAACGACUGCGGGGACUACGCCGACGAGGCUGACUGCCAGGUGUCCCAGAGGCAGACGUGCAGGGACGGCCACUUCGCCUGCCCCGGGGGGAACUGCAUCUCCAGCGUGUGGCUGUGUGACGGGCAGAGGGACUGCGAAGACGGGGCGGACGAAUUUCAGUGUGAUUCGUCCUGCCUGUGGAACCAGUUCGCCUGCUCCAAAAACAAGUGCAUCGCCAAACAGUGGCUGUGCGACGGCGAGGACGACUGUGGGGACGGGCUGGACGAGAGCGAGGAGAUCUGCGGCUCAGUGACCUGUGCCGUGGGAUUGUUCAGCUGUCCCGGAUCGUACGCCUGCGUGCCCAGACGCUGGCUCUGUGACGGGGAGAGGGACUGCCCCGAUGGCAGCGAUGAGCUCUCUGCAGCCGGCUGUGCACCCAACAACACGUGCGAUGAGAACUCCUUCCAGUGUCAUAACAAGGCCUGCAUCCCCUCCCGCUUCCUGUGUGACCAUGACGACGACUGUGGGGACAGAUCUGACGAGCCCUCGGAAUGCGCAUACCGCUCCUGUGGGCCGGAUGAGUUCCCCUGCUCAGACGGGAGGUGCCUGCUCAGUGCACUCUGGGAAUGCGACGGGUACGCCGACUGUCCCGACCACUCCGACGAGCCCCCCCUCAAUCCCAAGUGCACGGCUGCAGAAAGCUCAUGCAACGGUUCCUUCUUCAUGUGUGCCAACGGGCGGUGCGUCUCCGCCGCCAGCGUCUGCGACAAGAACGACGACUGCGGAGACCGCUCCGACGAGCGGAACUGCAACGUGAACGAGUGCUCGAACCGUCGAGUGAGCGGCUGCACGCAGGACUGCCUGGACCUUCCGGUCGGAUACAAGUGCCAGUGCUGGCCUGGGUUCCACCUGAAGGAGGAUGGGAGAACCUGCGUGGACGUUGAUGAAUGCUCCUCCACCCUCCCCUGCAGCCAGCAAUGCGUCAACAUGUACGGAUCUUACAGGUGUCUCUGUGCAGAUGGCUACCAAGCGCCCGCAAACAACCCAAAUAGCUGCAAGUCUCUCUCAGCUGAGGAACCAUUUCUGAUUCUCGCUGACCAUCAUGAGAUUCGGAAAAUAAGUCUUGAUGGGACCAGUUACAUGCUCCUGAAGCAGGGUCUCAGCAGCGUAGUGGCCUUAGACUUUGACUACAGGAAGGAGUUCCUGUACUGGAUCGACUCGAGCAGACCCAGCGGACGCAGGAUUAACAGAAUGCGGCUCAACGGGAGCGACCUCAAGGUGGUGCAUCGCACGGCGGUGCCCAGCUCGCUGGCGGUGGACUGGAUCGGAAAGAACCUUUACUGGUGCGACAUGGAGAGGAAAACCCUGGAGGUGUCCAAGGUCAACGGCCUGUACCCCACCGUCCUCGUAGGAUCAGGGCUGAGGAACCCCACAAAUAUAGCGCUGGACACGCAAACUGCGUAUGUGUUUUGGAUAGACUGCUGUGAACACCCCCACAUCGGCAGGACCGGCAUGGACGGGAGCGACAGGGUUGUGUUGAUCGACACCGAAAUCCACAGCCCUGUUGCUUUAACCAUCGAUUACGUCAACAAGCGGGUGUACUGGGCCGACCAGAACCAAAUCUCCUUUGCCAACAUGGACGGCACGGGAAGGCACCAGGUGCCUACCCACAGCACGCACGGCGUGAUGGGCCUCACGCUCUUCGAAGACUACGUCUACUGGAUGGACGGGAGGUCCAAGUCCGUGGUCCGCGCGCACAAAACCUCCGGGCUGGACGCGGCGGAGCUGCUCAAGUCUUGGCAGGCCAUAACGGACAUGAAGGUUCACCACCCCUACCGCCAGCCCGACGUGCCCAAGCACCCGUGCCAGGUGGUGAACGGCGGGUGCAGCCACCUCUGCCUCCUUUCCCCCGGCGGGGGCUACAGGUGCGCCUGCCCCACAAACUUCUACCUGGCCCAGGACAGAAAGACCUGCCUUUCCAACUGCACCACCAGCCAGUUUCGGUGCGGGACGGACGAAUGCAUCCCCUUCUGGUGGAAGUGCGACACCGUGGACGACUGCGGCGACGGGUCCGACGAGCCGGCGGACUGCCCUGAGUUUAAGUGCCAGCCGGGGCGGUUCCAGUGCGGGACGGGCCUGUGUGCGCUCCCUCCUUUCAUAUGCGACGGAGAGAACGACUGCGGAGACAACUCGGACGAGGCCAACUGUGACACGUACAUGUGUCUCUCCGGCCAGUUCAAGUGCAGCAGCAGGCAGAAGUGCAUCCCCCUGAACCUGCGCUGCAACGGGCAGGACGACUGCGGCGACGGCGAGGACGAGGCCGACUGCCCGGAAAGCACGUGCUCUCCGGACCAGUUUCAGUGCAAGACCACCAUGCACUGCAUCUCCAAGCUGUGGGUCUGCGACGAAGAUCCGGACUGCGCAGACGGCUCGGACGAAGCCGACUGUCAUGAGAAGACCUGCGGACCGCACGAGUUCCACUGUAAAAACAACAACUGCAUCCCGGACCACUGGAGGUGUGAUGGACAGAGUGACUGUGGGGACAACUCGGACGAGGAGAACUGCAAGCCGGUAACCUGCACCUCCAAGGACUUCGUCUGCUCCGACGGGGAGUGCAUCUCCGCCCGGUUCCGCUGCGAUGGAGACUACGACUGCGCCGACAACUCGGACGAGAAGGACUGCGAGGCUCGCUGCUCAGACGACCAGUUCCAGUGCCUGAACCACCUGUGCAUCUCCCUCAAAUGGCUCUGCGACGGACAGGAAGACUGCAAGACGGGGGAGGACGAGACCAACUGCCACAGCAGCGUCGCCCCUUCCUGCUCCCUGAAUGAGUACGACUGCGCGGGCGGAGGCUGCGUGCUGGCGGGCCUCAGGUGUGACGGGCGGGUCGACUGCCAGGACGGGUCCGACGAGGUGGACUGUGUUAGGGAGUGUGGGGAGGACCAGUUCCUGUGUCGGAACCGCGCGCACUGCAUCCCGCUGCGCUGGCGCUGUGAUGAUGUUCAGGACUGCGUGGACCACAGCGACGAGGAGAACUGCAGCCACGGUGCAUACUCGUGCCGUGCGGACGAGUUCAUUUGCAACAACACCCUGUGUAAGCUGCUGGUCUGGGUGUGCGAUGGAGAGGACGACUGUGGAGACAACUCCGACGAAGACCCCGAGAUGUGCGGAAAGUUGGCGUGUCCUGCCACGAGACCGCACAGGUGCCGGAACAACCGGGUGUGCCUGCGUACCGAGCAGGUGUGCAACGGUGUGGACAACUGCGGCGACGGCUCAGACGAAGAGGACUGCGUGGGCGUGUCCAGGAGACCCAGGCCUUGUGGGAAGGCAGAGUUCACCUGCAGUGACCAGCGCUGCAUCCCCAGCCAGCUGCAGUGCGAUCUCUUUGAUGACUGCGGGGACGGGGGCUCCGACGAGCAGGACUGCAAGUCCUUCCUCACUGAAGAUGUGUGCAGAGGAAAGAUAAACCCGUGUGGAGAAGACGCGGUGUGCAACCACACGAGGACGGGUUCCGUCUGUCAGUGCAAACCGGGCUUUCAGAGAAACCAGACAAACGGACAGUGCACAGAAGUAAAUGAAUGUCUGCAGUUUGGAAUGUGUUCUCACUACUGCACUAAUACUAAGGGAUCUUUUAAGUGCACAUGUGAGAAGAAUUUUAAACAAAUCAAUGGCAGUUGUGUAGCAAAAGGACCGGAAGAUGAAGUGAUCUGCAUAGCUAAUGACACUGAAAUCCGAGGUCUUGUGUAUCCAUUUAACCAGAACCACGGACACACACAACUAGCUCGCAUCGAGGACAAUGCCCGAAUCGUUGGAAUGGACGCUAUGUUUCAUGAAAACAAGUUUAUCUGGGCUACCCAGUUUAAUCCCGGUGGAAUUUUUUACAAAGACAUCCUAGACAGAAGUCAGUCUAAAACUAAUAGUGGAAUCAUCUGUCCAGACUUUCGGCGGCCGCGGGACGUGUCGGCCGACUGGGUGACGGGGAACGUGUACUGGACGGAUCACUCGCGGAUGCACUGGUUCAGCUAUUACACGGCCCACUGGACCCGGCUGCGCUACUCAAUUAACGUGGGGCGCCUGGGGGGCACCAGCUGCACUCGCCUGCUGACGGACAUCGCGGGGGAGCCUUACGCCAUCGCCGUCAACCCGCUGCGCGGGAUGAUGUACUGGACAGUGAUUGGUGAUCACUCACACAUUGAGGAGGCGGCCAUGGAUGGCUCUAUGCGGCGGAUCCUGCUGGAGAAGAACCUUCGGAGGCCCACAGGGCUGGCAAUCGAUUAUUUCAGCCAACGCCUGUACUGGGUGGACGUAGAACUCUCUUCAGUAGGAAGUGUGCGUUUCGACGGGUCUGACUCUCAGUUGACCGUCAGCAGCAGACAUGGGAUAUCCCAGCCUUAUCGGAUAGACGUGUUCCAGGACUACAUCUACGGCGUGGGGCUGAAGAAUGACCUUUUCCGGGUCCAUAAGUACGGUAAAGGCCCCGUGGAGAGGCUGGCCUUGGGCGUGGAGAAGGUCUCCAGCGUCCUGGUCAUCCAUCCGCUCAAACAGCAAGCAGUGACGGACCCGUGCGCGAAGAUGCGCUGCGACUUCCUGUGCCUGCUGAACCCCGGCGGCGCCCGCUGCUCGUGCCCGGAGGGGAAGGCCCUGCGGAACGGGUCCUGCAGCGACUCCAGCGCCUCAGACGAGCACUGCCGGCCAGCCUGCGAGAACGGGGGGCGGUGCGUGCCCAACGAGAGGGGCGACUGGAGGUGCUACUGCUGGCCCAAUUUCUCGGGCCAGCACUGCGAGGUCAGCCACUGCAAGGACUACUGCCUGAACGGGGGCACCUGCUCCAGCUCUCCCCUCGGGCGGCCCACGUGCCGCUGUGCUGUGGGGUUCAGCGGUCCGUACUGUGAGAAGCGUCUGUGUGACGGUUACUGUCUAAACGGGGGCACCUGUGACGUCAGCCCGGGGAACCAGCCGGUGUGUCGCUGCAUGGCCGAGUACACCGGAGACCGCUGCCUGCACCAUAUCUGCCAUCACUACUGUGUGAACUCGCAGGCGUGCACGCUCUCCAGCAGCGGGCACGUGGAGUGCGUGUGCCCUGCGCGGUACGAGGGCUCAAAGUGCGAGGUGGACCGCUGCCUCAGGUGCCACGGGGCGCCCUGCAUCGUCGACCAGGAGACCGGCAACGUCAGCUGCAACUGCACUAAUGGCAGGAUCGCUUCCAGCUGUCAGCUGUGUGAUGGCUACUGCUACAAUGGUGGCACUUGCCACCUUGACUCCGAGACCAACCUGCCUUUCUGCCACUGCACUGCCGGGUUCAAAAGCCAGCGCUGUGACGAGCGGGCGAACCCCUGCAGUUACUACUGCCAGAACGAGGGGAUUUGCACGCUGACCGCCUUUAACAAACCCCGCUGCAAGUGUUCCGCCAACUGGUCGGGUACGCAGUGCGAGAGGCCGGCCCCCAAGAGCAGCCGGUCCGACGGCGGCAGCGGGAGCAGCAUAGCCAUCAUCGUCCCUCUGGUCCUGCUGCUGAUAUUAAUAACCACGGUGGUGGCGGGCGUGUUCAUCUGCAGAAGGAGGCAAAGGGGCAAGAGGGUGGAGCGGCAGCCCAUGACCAACGGAGGGAUAAACGUGGAGAUCGGGAACCCCUCCUACAGCAUGUACGAGCUGGAGCACGACAUCCACACCCACGCCGGCAGUCUCCUGCACCCGCACUUCAGACUGGACCCACACAAGGGCUGGUGUGUUCAGUCCAGCGAUGCCCGAUGCCAACAGACACACCCCACUCCAAAGGAGAUUAUUCCAGGAAAGCCCCUGAAGUACUCUAACCCGGUGUACCGGAAGACGUACCAGGACGGGCAGAACUGCGGGAAGCCGGCGGUGAACAUCGCGGAGCGGAGAGAGCUUCUCCCAAAGAGCGCGGAGUCCGCGAUUCAGGAAACGGCGGCGUAGCCUGAUUUUCACACGCCUCCUCCUUUUUUUUACCAGCUGUAUAAAUGUACAAAAGAGGAAAAAAAAACAGACUUUUCUAUGUCCUAUAUCAGGUUCUGAUGGUAUCUUUCUUUCGUUCGUUUGGUAUCGAUAUUACCUCUGUUUCAUUCACGCGCUGAGAAUUAUUCACGUUAAAACGCUGCUGAUACACGGAUGACCUUAUGCACCAUUUAUCGAUGACUUGGGCUCAAACGAGAAGUCGUUUUUGUUUUCUUGUAAUGUAGUUUUUCCAUUUUACAGUAACUAAACAGAUGUUUUUUUUUUUGUUUGUUUUUUGUUUUUCUAUUGCUGAGAUUAAAUGAACUGUCAGAUUUGUCUGUUUUUACCGUUUUUGACUGUGUUCUGCCAAUGCGUAACAUACGCGAUAAUUGUCCGUACUCAUUCUUUUCCGUUUUCUUUUUAGUCACGGUUAUCCUUAUUUUAAUGUCUUUACUGUUAGGCUCUGUUAUCAGUUUGCCUUUUUUUCCUUAAAAUUUUUCAGAAUACAGUUUUUUCAGAAAAAGUACUCAAACAGAUGUGUGCCAUCUUUAUUGCACCAACCUGUGCCAAUAUAUUAUUCAUAAUUGCUUAUUCACUUUCAUUUUAAUAGAAAUUUUACACCUGUUUUUCUCUAAUUGGCGAUUAUUUUUAGCCAAGUAAUGUAUAUUCCAUACAUUCAAGUGUUGAAGUAAUUGAGAAAAGAAACGUUCCAUGUUCUACAGGUAAUACACAAAUUAUGUCUCAAAUACCAUGUCAGCUGACGUGCACACGUGGAGAGUUUAUUCCAGCUGAACGUGCACUCACUGAUUUAUUUUACAUUUUGGCAGACAUUCACAUCCACGUUUGGAGACACAUAGAUAUAAAAAAGCAUUGCACUUUUAUAUCUCAUGUUAAGUUUAGCUGCUUGUAUUUUGAAUAAAUGUAGUUUUAUACAAAAUGUGUGAAAUAAAAUGUUAUUACUGGCUCU